UAUACAGUUUGUAUUUGAUUGGUAUUGAUUACUUCUCUACCUUCACGCUCACAUUAGUGAACAGUUCAAAUAUUCGAGCAGAUUUCACCACCAUUGUCUACCGGUUUUGAAGUAUGGAGAAGACAAAAAUCAAUGUAAAUCUAAACCAUCUCCAUAGUGUCUCGAGAAGACGAUUGUCAUACACGAGAAUGGUAAUGUUGCUGGUGGGAAUCCAAACAUUCGUGAGUAUAGCAGUCACAUUGUCCGUGUCAGCAAUAGCAUACUCUAUACAGAAUAUACUCAAGUGUAUCGUAAUAUUCACAAUUAUAUUCACGGUGAUAGCUGAUAUGUCAGCCCUAUCACUUCUUGCUAUCCCAAAAAUCAGACUUCUACUCCCAAUCAACAUAAUCAUUCUCAGUGUAUACACAAUAUCCGCAUCUAUUGCAGUGGGACUGCCGUUUGCCUGUAUGAAUAUCCUCUGGGCAUUAACAAGUUGGGGAACAACCUUUAUACUCUUCUUCUCUACUGUAGUGGGUGGAGCAUCUAUUCGGGUGGAUUUGAUGAAUUACUGGCGCUUACUAUUAGCAUUCCUCGCUUCUGAAUUCAUUGCGACAUUAAUCACUAGUUUGGUGUUAACUACUAUAGGAUAUUUGAAAGUAGGAAUGAUUGUAUUUGGUGGUGGCAUGGCUGUCAUAAUAAUUAUUCUGGCUAUCAUCGGUGGUCAAAAGACAUUUGGUCAACCUGGACUACGGACAAUCGAUCCAGACUACUGUUUGGCAUCGAUUAUCUUACACGCAAAUUUACUUUUGUUGUUUAUAGUCAGUUCAGUGGAAUUCUAUUACACUUUACCGAGAGAUCCUUCAAAGUGCAAAAUAGAACCAACGAUACUUUGAAAUUUCUUGAUAUAUUAAGUUUUGUAUGCUAUUCAGUCAGUACAUGACAUUUUUAGUCGGGUUGUUCUAAAUUUAUCAAUAAUUGAUUCAUUUUUGAGUUGUUGUGACUAAUUUUGUUCUUCUGGAAAACAAUAAAAAAGAAUUAUUU